ACAGCCACAGCUACGGCCAUAGUCAAACCACUUCCCACAUCCACACCACACUCACACCCUCACACCCACCCACACCCACACCCACACCCACACCCACACCCACAUCCACACACCAACACCCUAAGGAUUGUUAUUGAAUCGAAGUAGUUUUCUCAUUUUUAUACGAUAAACCAUUCAAUUCUAGUUUAAUUUCUUCCACUUAGUGAGAAAUCGUAUUAACCAGAACAGUUUUAUGUAUAAUACUUACAUUGAUUUUUUUUAUUAUAGAGAAAAUAGGUCUAUACAUUAUAUAUGAGAAAGAAGUAGGAAAAAAAAACAAUAAAAGAAAAGAUAAUAAAGUUAAAAAAAUACAUGAGUCAUUGUAUCACACUAACAGAAACGGUAUUAAAGAGAAGAGUGAGAAAAACAUCGGACAGAACGAAGAAUGAAAAUAACUCUAGUUAAUAAUGUAUAUCGAAGGAAAGAAAGAACGAACACGUAUACAAAUACAAUAAAAUGCAUAUUUCGUGGUAAGUUUACGUACUUGCCAUAGCAUGUAUUAAGAGAAUCCCAUGCCUAGUGAGUUUCGAAAAAAUAAUUUAUUUUAUCAAACUAAAAUUUAAUUCGCAAUUACCGUACAUUUUUUGAGAAAGUCAUCAAAUUGUAAAUGCAGUAGUUAAAUUGAUACUACUCACAGUAUCAAUUCAAAAACAUUUCGAAUACCUUUCUUAAAAAGGCACGAAAUAAAAUUUAAAAUAUAUUUAAAAUAAAACAAGAAUAGAUUGAAUCUAAGCAAAAAUUAAAUUAGAAACACAUGGCAGGUAUUAGUCAUUUAAUGACUUCUAUUAAAGUCAAUGUGGCAAAACAAUUAUUGGUAAUUGUAUAUUGUUUUCAUUGAUUUAAAUUGAGACAGUAUUUAAAUAUAAAGAUAAAGAUUUGAAAAAAAGUAUUAUUUCAAAUGGAAAUAAAUGAAAAGCUUUCAAGUUUCAUUCAGGAAAAAAGACAAUCUGUUUGGAAUUUAGAUAACAGAACAACUAUCAAUAAAGUCAUGUAGAUAUUAUCAAAUAACACAAAUUUUAUAAUUGAUACAUAUGCAUAUUGUUUGGCACUGUUUGAUUUAUGACAGAAAAGUGUGCUCUUAAUUACUUUCAAAUAAAACAAUUCAGCUUGCAGUUUUAACCAAAUAAUCAGUGAUGGAAAAUUCGCGGCAGAAGAAACCUGAAUAGACCAACCAAGAUAAUUAGGGUGGAGUGUGGACUGUGGGUGUGUGGUGUGGGUGUGGGGUGUGGGAGGGUGUGGAUGUGGGUAUUGGUGUGACUAUGGCUGUAGCUGUGGCUGUGGAUGCUGAUUCAAAGAACAUCGGCAGGUACAUCCACACCACACCACACCACACCACACCCACAGCCACAUCCAAGUCCACACCCACACCCCAAUUUUUUUAAUAGAAGAUUAACGAACCAUUACUACCAAUUUUUUUGUAUGAUCAAAGUAUUAAGCGCGUAGUCAAUAAAUCUAAUGAGUAAAUUGAAAGUAUCUAAAAAAAAGUGCGUUGGUAUGAUGAUAUUGAUAUCAAUGACUAUUCAUAUUUAUGGAGAUUGAUUUGAAAAGAGAACGACAAUAUUUGAUUCAUAUGUGGCGACGUAUUUUUAUUCGUAUGAACUUUGAAUGUUAAGAUAACAUUCCCAUAUCAUGGUCGUCUCUAUGGUGCUGAUGCAUCAAUAGUUGGUGACAUAUCACUUGUUCAAGCAAUGGAUAAUUCUUCGAAAUAUGAUCGGCUAUUAGAUCUUAAUCGUGCAUUAUUUGUAAGUCGAGCAACUGCAACGAGAAAUAUUUAUAAUGAAAGUUACGUUUCUACAUAUUUUGUAUAUGACGACCUUGGUGUAUCACAUUAUUUUCUAUUUACAAUUGAUGUUGAGAAAACACCGAAAUUAAUCAAUAACGUGUCAAUUAAUGGGCCUGGUUACGGAUCAUUUUGGCAAAUAGCCGAUGAUGAAACACAACUUGUUGAAAUUCGAGAAUCUGCUCAUCCCGAUGCUUCUCUUAAAUUAGCUGUACUUGAUCAAACAAUAGGUCGAGUGAAUACAAUUUGUUUAUAUGCAUAUGGAACCUAUAGUCUUGUUAUGGCAUUUGGACGUCAACGUCGUAUUUACUAUAAUAUUAUUAGUUCAUCAUUAUUUUGUGGAGUUAAUGUUGAUUCAGGAAUAUGA